GGCUCUGGUGUUCUCUGCGGGUGACUUUCCACAUCCCCCCAACCUCGCGUUAAACUCCCAUUUCCUUCCAGGCCUGAGGUUCUUCCUUUUGGGGACCACUGGUGCCCCUUCCUAGCUGAUUCCUCGUGCCCCGGAAUCCGAGCUCCAGGAAACAGCGGGGCAAAGGAAACUAACAGAACCAUGGCAACCCCCUCUGCUGCCUUUGAGAACCUUAUGAAUGGAGUGACAAGCUGGGAUCUCCCUGAGGAUGCCAUCCCAUGUGAACUGCUUCUUAUUGGAGAGGCCGCCUUUCCUGUGAUGGUGAAUGACAUGGGCCAGGUCCUCAUUGCUGCCUCCUCCUAUGGCCGAGGUCGCUUGGUGGUAGUAUCCCAUGAGGACUAUUUGGUGGAAACCCAGAUGUUUCCUUUCCUUCUCAAUGCUGUGGGAUGGCUUCGUUCCUCCCCUGAGGCUGCCAUUGGCAUACACUCAUCCCUGGCACCUUUGGUGAAAAUCCUUGAGACCUGUGGAAUAGAGUCAAAGAUUGAGCCAGAAGUGAAUGACUCCCUGGGGGUUUACUGUAUUGACGCCUACAACGAAACCAUGACUGAUAAGCUGGUCCAGUUCAUGAAACGUGGAGGGGGCCUGCUCAUAGGAGGUCAAGCCUGGGAUUGGGCCAACCAAGGUGAAGAUGAAAGGGUUCUGUUCACAUUUCCUGGAAAUCUGGUAACCAGUGUAGCUGGUGUGUAUUUCACUGACAACAAAGGGGACACAAGUUUCUUUAAAGUCUCCAAGAAGAUGCCUAAGAUCCCUGUCUUAGUUAGUUGUGAAGAUGACCUCUCGGAGGACCGAGAUGAGCUCCUACAUGGCAUCUCAGAGCUGGACAUCACCAACUCAGACUGCUUCCCCUCCCAGCUGCUAGUGCACGGGGCUUUGGCCUUUCCUCUGGGGCUAGAUACCUACCAUGGCUGUGUGAUAGCCGCUGCCCGCUACGGCCGGGGUAGGGUGGUUGUAACUGGCCAUAAGGUAUUAUUCACCGUGGGUAAACUUGGCCCCUUUCUGCUCAAUGCUGUCCGCUGGCUGGACGGGGGCCGCAGAGGCAAGAUCGUGGUGCAAACAGAGCUGAGGACACUGAGCGGACUACUUGCGGUAGGGGGUAUAGACACCAGCAUUGAGCCCCAGCUGACCAGUGAUGCAAGUGUCUAUUGCUUUGAGCCUACGAGUGAUGUGGGGGUUAAGGAGCUGCAGGAGUUUGUAGCAGAGGGUGGCGGGCUGUUCGUUGGAGCCCAAGCCUGGUGGUGGGCCUUCAAGAACCCCGGAGUGUCCCCUCUGGCUCGCUUCCCAGGAAACCUGCUCCUCAACCCUUUUGGCAUCAGCAUCACAAGCCAAAGCCUCAACCCAGGCCCCUUCCGUACCCCUAAAGCGGGAAUACGGACCUAUCACUUCCGCUCCACCCUGGCUGAGUUCCAGGUGAUAAUGGGUAGGAAGAGAGGGAAUGUGGAGAAGGGCUGGCUGGCCAAGCUGGGACCAGAUGGGGCAGCUUUCCUGCAGAUCCCCGCCGAAGAGAUCCCUGCUUACAUGUCAGUGCACCGCCUCCUGCGGAAGCUGUUAAGCCGCUAUCGACUCCCUGUGGCCACACGAGAGAACCCUGUCAUCAAUGACUGCUGUAGGGGAGCGAUGCUUUCCCUGGCCACAGGCCUGGCCCACUCUGGAAGUGACCUCUCGCUGCUAGUCCCAGAAAUUGAAGACAUUUACAGCAGCCCGUAUCUGCGCCCCUCGGAGUCUCCAAUCACCGUGGAGGUCAACUGCACCAAUCCAGGCACCCGAUACUGCUGGAUGAGUACUGGACUCUACAUACCUGGAAGGCAAAUCAUAGAAGUCUCUUUGCCUGAAGAUGCUGCCUCUGCUGAUCUGAAGAUACAAAUUGGCUGUCAUACUGAUGACCUGACCAGGGCCAGCAAGCUCUUCCGAGGCCCCCUUGUGAUUAACCGCUGCUGCUUGGACAAACCCACGAAAUCAAUCACCUGCCUCUGGGGUGGUCUCCUCUACAUUAUCGUGCCUCAGAGCAGCAAACUCGGUUCUGUGCCCAUCACUGUGAAGGGAGCUGUCCGUGCUCCGUACUACAAGCUAGGAGAGACAUCCCAGGAGGAAUGGAAGAGGCGUAUCCAGGAGCAUCCUGGUCCCUGGGGUGAGCUGUCCACCGACAACAUCAUCCUGACGUUGCCAACCGCGAAUCUGCGUGCUCUGGAGAACCCCGAGCCACUCCUCCGCCUCUGGGAUGAGAUAAUGCAGGCUGUGGCAAGGCUGGGAGGCGAGCCCUUCCCUCUGCGCCUGCCACAGAGGAUUGUGGCUGAUGUGCAGAUCUCAGUUGGCUGGAUGCACGCAGGGUACCCCAUCAUGUGCCAUCUGGAGUCAGUGCAGGAGCUCAUCAACGAGAAGCUCAUCAGGAGCAAGGGGCUGUGGGGCCCGGUCCACGAGCUGGGCCGAAACCAGCAACGGCAGGAGUGGGAGUUCCCACCUCACACUACUGAAGCCACCUGCAACCUGUGGUGUGUGUAUGUUCAUGAAACAGUCCUGGGCAUUCCUCGAAGCCGUGCCAAUAUUGCCCUGUGGCCCCCUGUUCGGGAGAAGAGAGUCCGAAUCUACCUGAGCAAAGGGCCCAAUGUGAAAAACUGGAAUGCCUGGACUGCAUUGGAAACAUAUUUACAGCUCCAGGAGGCCUUUGGUUGGGAACCGUUCAUUCGCCUCUUCACUGAGUACAGGAACCAGACCAACUUGCCCACUGAGAAUGUCGACAAAAUGAAUCUGUGGGUGAAGAUGUUCUCCCACCAAGUCCAGAAGAACCUGGCUCCGUUCUUCGAGGCCUGGGCCUGGCCCAUCCAGAAGGAAGUGGCUACCAGCCUGGCCUAUCUGCCUGAAUGGAAGGAAAAUAUCAUGAAAUUGUACCUUCUCACACAGAUGCCGCACUGAAAUUGAAGUCAAGGAAUACAAAAGAGAAUCGAUACCACUCUGCAAAGAAAACUAAAGGCAUUUUUAGAAAAGAUCUCAACAUCUUUCUGGAAGAAAGUAGAUGAAACAUAAUUAAGAACAGAAAUCCGAAGACACCUUUCAGACAGAACAUGAGCUGGUCUGAACGUCAUAACUCCAAAGAGACCUGAGCACUAGAGAAGUCUUAUUACUUAUUGUACCAGUUGUAAAGAGACUCCCAUCCUACCCGGCCCCAACCCUUGUAUAUAGAACACAGGCAAUCUACUAUUGGUACCAGUGAAAAUGUCAUUGUUAUUGUUGUUUGAAUAAAAGAAUCAAACCACCUGAGGAAAGGUAGGAAUUAGUGCUCCAAAUGAUGUUUUCUUGAAAUAAGUGACCCCUAGCCUGUCAGCUAAGUUUCCUCUGAGAGUUGAGACCUCUACUCACAUGCAAAGGAUGUCUAGCUGUAGUGGAGACUGACUGGAGAAACAGAGCAAGUCCUUUAAAAAGUCGAUAGCUAACAUAGAGUCUUAAUGUAGAUUUUCUUGUAGGACUUCCCAGACAUGGAGGGCAGCAAGGGAGAGAAAGGGAGAAACAUAAGAGAAACAAUCAUUUAGCCUUAAAAAAGUUGAAAAACUAUAAAUUAAAAGAAAUAAAAUUCAUAUGGAAAAAAUUAACAAAAUUCUGGCCAUAUCUCUGUAGAGAUUUGAAAUAUAUUUGUCAAAUAAUAAGAACAUGCUAAGAGAAAACUCUUAGAAUUUUUAAUGCAAAAUAAGAUGGUCAAAAGUAUUUAGUAAACACGCUGAAAAAAAAAGAGAAGGAAUCUCUCCAGUACAGCAAAAGGAACUAACAGACAAUACAAAGGAAAUAACCAGCAGUAAAGAAUUGAGGGGCCCAAUACAACCUACACCUAGGCACAGUCUUAGGAAAAUUUGGAAGAUAUUAAAAGUGCCCAGCCAGGAAGAGAAAAUAUAUCUAAGUCAUCAUUAGCUGAACGGAACAGGAUGAGAAAUAAUCUGGCAGUUUUUCACCAGCAGCACUGAAUGCCAGAAGUCAAGGGAUCGGGGAUUCACACAGCUUCUGGAUUCCGUAGCAGGCAGACUGUUGAGUAAUGUGAAAAUAGACAUCUUUUAGCAGGUGUGUUUUCUCCCUCCUUCAAUUGUGCCCUUAUUGAGGAAGUUUUCUAGAAUAAAAAAAGAAGAAGAAAGUUCAAAAAGAGGGAAAAUUGCAUCUAGAAAACAGUGGACCUCACCCAGGUUGUCUCCCUGUAGAUGGUAGUUAUCCAGCAGGCCUGUUGCAGAAGAGAGCAGAAAGCUCUGUGCUCUCUGAGAAGAAUGUGCAUUGUGUGCCAGAGUAUCACUGUGAAAAUGGGAGAUUUGAAGAGGUGGAGGAUGUACCUUCUAUAGUCAGCAAAAAGAAGGGCAAGUCAAAAAACUGAGAAAUUAAAAAGUAGUGCAGGAUUUUGAUGACUCCAAGUACGGAAAGAGACUGGAUUUGAUGUCGGUGGUAGAUACAUUUCCUUUCUGGUCGUACAGGCCUCAUGACAUUGGAAGUUUAGGGGGAAAAAUGCAUCUUCUACCUGGCUCUCAGUAAAUAGUAUUUGCAUAGCCAGAAUAAGGCAGCUGCCACUUACUGGUCUUCAGCAUUUGAGCAGUCUAUCAGCAAAGCUGGAAAGGCUUAAUGCUUCAUUUAGAACAGAAGUGGAAAGUGCUAUUGACCAGCUGAGGCGCAAGAAAGAGACUGUAAAUUAGUUGGGGGCGGGGGGUAGGGAGGGAGGGGAAGGAAAAGUAGAGUUACUUGCACAUUCAAAGUGGGGUUGAGAAGAUACAGUCUUCAUUUAAUGGAACAAGAACUACACAAUUAGUAUAUGACCAGUUCUAUACAUGAAACCAAGAGAAGUAUUAGAAGUGACAUCUAGCAGACAUUUGGAGAAGGGCGGGCAAAGGAAAGGUGGAGAUGGUGUAAGUUAUAUCCUUAUCUUUUGUAAUGGUGAAUUAAAGAUUGUUUAAAGUUAAUAAGUCAAGAAAUUAUUGUUCAAACAUUAUUUAAAGAUAGAAAGUUAGUUGCCAGAAUAUUAAAAAAAAUAGAUAUUGGUAAAAGCAUCUAGGAAACUAAGGACUAAGGAAGGAGGGUGGGGUGGGAAACUAUGGUUUUCAUUUCAAGUUCUUCUGUACUAUUUAAUUUUGUACCUUGUGCAUGUAUUACUUGGAAAAAAUUUUGUAAUAAACUUAAAUAAAAAAUC